UUUAAAAUCACCUGUGUGAUAAGUGGAUAUGCUUUCCGAUAAAAUGGCUCAGGCGGCGUCCAAAACAUGCGAGAUUUGCAUAAGUGCUUCAGGAUCGCAAUACUGCUUAGAGUGUGAGCAAUACUUUUGUGAAAAUUGUAAAACAUUUCAUAAUAGGCAGAAAAUAUCAAAAACUCACCAGUUUCAGUCUGCAUUAAACAUAAUCCCGGAAGGUAAAUCAAAAUGCAAAGACCACAAUGAAGACGUAAGUUUUGUGUGUAAUACCUGUAAUGUAGCAGUUUGCAGCAGUUGUGUGACAGGAAGUCACAAACGGCACGAUUUCUCAAAGCUUCAUGACAGCAUCUCACGGUUGAAAGCGAAGAAUAAACAAGAACUGCGUAGAAAGGUACAAGAGGCUACCAAAAACAUGAAGAAAAUGGAAGAAGGUUUAAGGGCAUUUGAUAUGAAGGUAGAAAAGGUUGUCAAAGCUAUUACCAAAGAAGGUACAAAUAUAAAGGCUUUGGUUGAUAAAUGUAUCGCACAUUUGAUUGCAUCGGUCAUGGAUCAAUCCAGGACGGAAAAGGACAAAUUGACAACGAUCAUAUCAGAUACUAGAAUAGAUUUGGAAGUGGGAAGCGACUUAGACAAGACGAUAAAUGAACUAGACAAGACGCGAAACGAUGAUAAAUUGUUACAAUCUUUACAGAAGCUUACCGAUGACAUUGCAAAGCUGGCGAUAAAGCCUAUAACCGAGUAUCCCGACGUACACUAUACUGCUAAGUCCACAACUGAUCAUGACAUCAAACAGCUGUUUGGCACAUUCAAUAUAAGGGAUGUACGUACACUACAAACCGGGCACAGAGAGAAAGAAUUACCUAAACCAAAGAGUGAUUACGAAAAGGAUACGAAACGAAAAGAGGAAGGAAAAUACCUGUACAGAUGUAUCGGGUGUGGAAAGGAAGAGAGAUCUGAUUAUGCAAUGUAAGUGUCUUGUACCAAACAGAUAAGUAUACAGUAAAUUGUGUAUGUAAUGUUUUUAUUCAAAUUAGGAAAAUAUAAAAUUUUCAGUAGAUAAAGACGCAAUUCCAUAGAAGUAAAAAUACAACCUAUUCGUAUAUGAGAAUCAUAGAGAUAUUGUCAUUUUUAAUAUAAAACAUACGCCAUAAGUAACAAUCCUUUCGAUUCAGUUAAUGUAAAAUGUCAGCAGAACGAAUGUCUCAUAUCAUAUGCGUAAAAAAAACACCUUUAAAAGGAGAAGGUAAUAUUGAGAUCGUAUUGUUAUUAAAACUUUUUUUUUUCAUACUUUUAAGAUUAUUUCGAAACGUUUCUAUCAAAUGUCUAAUCAAAUACAGGUAAACAUUUAGAUACAUGUAUUCACGUAAAUAAUG